AUGGUCUUGCAGAACCGCAACGUCUCGAAGCGCAUCGACGCGGAGAACACGCCGCCGCCUCUGAAGCCCGCCGCGAGCGAGGAGGCGCGGCUCCCCAAGGCCAUCCGCGAGGCCUCGCGCCGCCGCCGCGCGCACGCCAACGGCACGCGCACGAGCAGGUACGCCGCGGAGCAGGCGAUGCGCCGCAGCAAGACGCGCAGCCCGCCCCAGCCCUUCCGCAUCGAGCUGCCCAAGACGCCCUCGCCCGCAAACGAGCAGGCGGAUGUGGAGAUGCGGGAUGCGGAGCCCGUGCAGAGGACGAGGGAGACGGUGGCGCUCCCGCGGUAUUUGGAGAGGCCCGAGUAUAAGGAGAUCCCGUCGCAUAAUAUUGUGGAUAUCGAGUUGGGCCUCGCGGAGACCCCUAUUGAUUAUAUUCGUGAUGGCUUGGAGGUCGAGGGACCGAGAAUGCUCAAGUCUUUGAAUGCGAUGCAACCCGUCCCCCUGACCAAUGUCCUCCCCUCCGAGUUCGAGGUCGUCAUCAACGACGACUCGUCCGACCUCCCCACGCACAUGUUCGCCGUCUUCGGCCGGCAGCCCUUCACGCACGGCCCGCCGAAGCCCAACCGCCAGAAAGUCACCCUCUACCCCGUGCACGACAUCGUCUUCGCCGCGCACUGCGCGCACCUCCCGCGCCUGCGGCCCAACAAGCCCUCGCGCUCGUCCGUCUCCGAGCCGAUCAAGCUCCCCGUGGUACCCGUGUGCCUCCCCUCCCCGCAGACCUUCCCCAUCCUCUCGUCGUACCUCUACACCAAGCGCACGGACCUGCUGCUCUCCGCGCUCCUCCCGAGCACGAUCCCGGACGACUUCCACAAGGCGCAGACGAUCGCGUUCGCGCAGAAGAUCGCGCGGACGUUCACCGCGCGCGCGCUGCUGCAGCACGCGAUGGUGAUCAACGGCGUGUGGCGGAACGUGUGCGCGCUGGGCGUGUUCGAGGACCGCCUGUGGAGCGCGAUGGACUUUGCGUGGGAGGCGGUGCUCACUGCGCUCGCGUUCGCGACGGGGAACCCGAAGGCGAUGGUCGGGAAUCUGUCCGACAAGGAGUACGCGUCUGCUGUGUUGUGA